AUGGCGCCCAAAUCAACUCUCUCUUACCCAACUGCACGUCGGGGGCCGGAGGUGGAGGAUCACUUCGGCACGCUUGUCCCAGACCCGUAUCGAUGGCUUGAAGACCCGGAAAGCGAGGAAACAAAGGCCUUCGUAGCUGCUCAGAAUGAGGCGUCGGAGGAGUACUUGGACACACAGGUCCGAAGUGAAAUCCUGAAGGCUCUCACGAAGUUUCAGGAUUACCCCAAGUUUGGCGUCCCAUUCAAGGAGGGUAACUUCUGGUACUCCUGGAGGAACUCAGGCCUUCAGAAUCAAUCACUGCUCCACCGCCAUACUGACAAAAAGGGGGAGACAACCGAAGUGUUCCUCGACCCCAACCUCUGGACCGAAGAUGGCACUGCAACUGUGGGAUCGCUCAAGUUUACGGAAGACGGCUCUUUAAUGGCCUACGCUCGCGGGGAUAAGGGGAGUGACUGGCGCACAAUUUAUUUUAAAGACGUCGCCAGCGGACGCCUUCUGGAAGAUCGCCUCGAGCAUGCCAAGUUCACGAGUUUGCAGUGGAUUGGAUCUAAAUAUUUGCUUUACAAUCGGUACGACGUUCCGGAUGGCGCACAAGCAAAUGGCUUGGAGAACACGCAGAAUGAAUUUCAAAAGUUGUAUUGUCAUGAAGUGGGCACUCCCCAGGAGCAGGACGUCCUGGUGCUCGAGUUCCCUAGUGAGCCGACUUGGAUGGUUUCCGUAGAUGUGACAGAUGAUGAGAAGUUUAUCGUUGCUAGCAUUUCACGAAGCUGCGAGCCAACUAACAAAUUGUGGAUUGCUGCGCUUCCUGACGGCACCGUGCCCUCAACGGCUUUUUCGAAGUUGCAGUGGGUGAAAGUUGCCGACGACUUCGAGGCUGGCUUCGAUUAUGUGGCCAACGAUGGCACCAUUUUCCUCCUGAAAACAAACCGCGACGCCCCCAAGAACAAGAUAGUUAAAGUCGAUGUAGCGAAGCCAGACGCUCCAAUGGUUGACGUUGUUCCGGAGGCAGGUGCGGUGCUGGAAGAUGUGAUGGUAGUAGCGGGUGAUAAAAUGGUGCUUCACUACAACGAGGACGUAAAGUCGAAGCUUUAUGUCCAUCGUUUAGAUGGCAGCCGCAUAAAGGCGCUGGAAGUACCCGUGGGCUCCGUGGCAGAAAUGUCAGGGAAGAGGAAGUGUGACCACUUCCUCUUCAGCAUCACCAGCUUUGACACGCCGAAAGUGAUAUACGACGUCGAUGUCAGUGGGGGCACGUAUGACGUAACCGUCAUUCGACGCACGAAUAUAAAUGAGCUGCCGCUGGAAAACCUGGAAGUCACGCAGGAGUUCUACACGGGCAAAGACGGGACGAAAAUCCCCAUGUUUCUCAUGCGACAGAAGGGACUGCAGCAGCGCCCUCAGCCAAUGCUGCUCUACGGCUACGGCGGGUUCAACAUUUCCUUGACCCCUUACUUCUCUCUCGCAUUUGCCCUCUCCGCGCUCUACUUGGGGCUGGGUUUGGCCGUUCCGAAUAUAAGGGGAGGAGGCGAAUAUGGCGUUGGUUGGUAUAAAGCAGCAAUCAAAGAGAAUAAACAAGUCAGCUACGAUGAUUUCCAAAGUGCAGCAGAGUAUUUGUUUACCAAGGGCUACUCCACUCCAGACCAGCUAGCCAUCAUGGGAGGUUCUAAUGGUGGGCUGCUCGUGGGUGCCUGCGCAAACCAGCGCCCUGACCUGUUUAGAGCAGUAGUUGCCAAGGUCGGUGUCAUGGAUCUUCUACGCUUCAACAAAUUCACCAUUGGCCAUGCGUGGGUAAGUGACUACGGCAACCCUGACAAGGAGGAGGAUUUCAAGUACAUUUAUAAGAUCUCCCCAAUUCACAACAUCAACCCUGAGGUUGUGAGGAGCGACAAACAGCCAGCUGUUUUGGUGAUGACAGCUGACCAUGACGACCGGGUUUCUCCCUUCCAUUCAUUGAAGUAUAUUGCCCAGCUGCAGCAUGCCGCUGGGUACUCCUCUCCUGUGUCCACUCCUUUGAUUGCACACAUUGAUACAAAAGCAGGUCAUGGGGGAGGCAAGCCUCUGAUGAAGGUCCUAGACGAGCAAGCUCUAACGUACGGAUUCAUUGCUUCCGUGUUGGGGCUGAAGUGGAGCGGGCCGGAGAUCAAAAAGAACGAAUAG